AUGUCGAUCGUACCUCGGGACGAGGUGGCGCGGGAGAGCGGCGGUGGGCCGUUCCUGUACCCGCAGUUGACGGUGACAAACUACACGAGCUGGGUGGCAAGGAAGAAAACUACGAAGGAGGUCUGGGAUUAUCUCAAGACAAGGUUUGUCGGUGCGGAUCGUGUCAAGAACGCACGACUUCUAACAUUGAAGAGCGACUUCAAUGCCAUGUGCAUGCAGGAGGGAGAGAACCUGAACCAGUACACCGGAAGGCUCAACAGCAUGUCUGUCAGGUACGCAAACCUAGGGGAGAUGCUCGACGACGCUACAUUGGUCAAAAAGCUGUUCGACACCGUGCCGAAUCGAUUCCUAAGUGUAAUCACCGGGAUUGAGCAGUUCUACGACCUCGAUAAGAUGCCGUUCGAGGAAGCCGUGGGGUGGCUUAAGGCGUUUGAAGAACGUACUCGCCCGCGUGCAACCGGCGGCAAUAGCAUCAGCGACAGCCAGCUCUUGUUCACUCAGGCUGAGUGGCAGGCGCGGCAGAAGAAGGAUGGUUGCAACUCCUCAUCAAGCAACAAGGGCAAAUCCCACCUUGCUGCAGAUAGCAGCAACUGUGGCCGGGGUGGUCGUGGACGCGGCAGAUUCCAUAGCAGAGGUGGUUGCGGCGGGAUGUCGCGCAAUGACGAGGAGAGCGGCUCGGGCGGCGGUUGCUGCAACAAGAGCCACAUCAAGUGCUACAACUACUAA